UGCCAUUCUUUAUUCUCUAAGUAUGUCUGACUGUUUAGUUGCGGUUAAGUGAAUCACACUUGCAUUCAAUCUCUGGACGUUGAAUUGGAAAUCUAGAAUCGAUGCCUUCAGCGUGGUACAUACUUGCAUGUACUUUCUUGGGUUUUCAAGGGUGACUGCAAGGAUGGCUGCUAUGUGGGUAGUGGCUCUUUUGCUGGUGAGCGGUGUGCUCGUGCACUCCGAGGAGAUAAUACAGGCAACUGUCGAGAAAGUCUCUGACCGUCCCAGUUCACCUGCAGUCGAGACGUCGCCAGCGACUGUUGAAACUGAGCCCGAAAAUCCAUCAAACACGACGCACCAGGCUGUUCUUGCGGCUAGCUCGGUCGGUACUCAAGAGGUUCUAGUUUCACUUGAUCUUACCCGUGGAACGUUGGAGGAUGUACCAAACACUAGCAUGUCACCUGAAUCUUCGGUUGACGGUUCAUCGUUUGGAACUGCUGCUGAAAAUGAUGGAGAUACUGCUGCUUCACCCUCCGAGGAACCAACUUCUGAUGCUCCCGAAGUCGUAUUCGCAUCUGACCCGUCUGAACAAUCGGGCCACUUAGUUCCAAACAUGAACAUAACGCUCGAUGGAUCCUCGGGAGCUGCUGGUGACGGGAGCUCUUUUACCACUUUGUUCGAUGACGCAUCUGAUUCAAAUGAGGGGGGUGUGCUCACCGACAUUAAUCUAGAUCUUGGUGACGGCAAGCAAGGAGACUUCUCCACUGCGAGUUUACCCGACGAUCAAAGCGAACAGGGAUUUGACAGUUUUAGUGUGCAGGGCGGUGGAGGUGACGACUCCCAGUCUGGUCAUUUAGUGGAGGGGCUUGAUAUUAACAUCGAUUCUGAUCCUAGUAACUCUGGAAGCAGCUUCUCUACCAACAAUGUGUACCCUGGCGAGCCUGACGAGUUUGCAUCCUCGGGUGAAGGACAUUUGGUUCCCGGAAUGCCAACCAUAUCAGAGGAUGAAGAUGGUGCGAGUUUUAGCCAGUUCCAGGGAACUCAACCGGAAGCGGAGAACGAUGACGCCAUUUUCUCUUCCAAUGACGGGACUUUUGAUCCAUCCACCACCGCUGAUACUCUGGCGGAAGGUCAUCUUGUUCCUGGGAUGCCAACCAUAUCAGUGACCGAUCCCUCCGGAGACCCCAAUGCCAAGUCUUUCAGCUCUCUGAGCAAUGACGACAUGGAUUUAGAUCCUAGCCUUGCUGACAACGAUUUCUAUGCCGAACAGUCUAAUGAGUUUGCUUCCUCGGGCGAAGGACAUUUGGUCCCGGGAAUGCCAACCAUAUCAGUGGACGAAAGUGGUGCGCGUUUCAGCCAGCUCGAGGAGACACAACCUGAUGCACAGGACGAUGACAGCAUUUUCUCUUCCCAUGACUCGACAUCUGACCCAUUUAACACUGAUGAUAGCUUUGCGGAAGGUCACCUUGUUCCUGGAAUGCCAUCCAUCUCAAGUUUCGAAAAGAACGCAGAUUUCAAGGGAUCUUCUUUCAGCACGGAGACCACUCUGAGCACGGAUGACCAACCAGAUGAGGUUUUUGCCAGAAAGGCCGGGUAUGCUCCAGUUCCUAGGAGCUAUGGUGGAGUGUGGAGGAACGCAAGGUCUACCUUCUACGGUGGAAUGGAUGCUGCGGGAACCAUGUCGGGAGCUUGUGGAUAUGGCAAUUUGUACGCUUCUGGGUACGGUGUGCACACCACUGCGUUGUCCUCAGCGUUGUUCAAGAACGGAAUGGCUUGCGGCGCUUGUUUCGAGGUGCAGUGCGGUGGGAAGGGAAAGCCCUGCAAACCUGGAUCUGUGGUUGUGACCGCCACCAACUUCUGCCCACCCAAUCCAGGACAGAGUGCGAACAAUGGAGGAUGGUGCAAUCCUCCUAAUGAGCACUUUGACCUUUCCUACCCCGCUUUCGUUAAAAUCGCCGAUCCCAAGGCUGGAGCUGUGCCCCUGCAAUACCGAAGAGUGCCGUGCCAGAAGCAAGGAGGGAUUCGAUUUACUAUUAAUGGCAACUGCAACUUCAUCCUCGUGACCAUCACCAACGUCGGCGGUUCGGGAGUGGUGACUGCGGCGUACUUGAAGGGCGACAAGACAGAGUGGUCUCCGUUGUCAAGAAACUGGGGCGCGAACUGGCAGUGCAGGCGCAAUUACUGCGGUCAAGGUAUCUCCAUCAAGAUCGUCACCAGUGACAACAAGGUUUCAGUCACGAAGCUAGCCAAAUCUGACUGGUGUUUCGGGAAGACCUUCAUCGGAAAGCAAGUCUAAUCAAGCAAGUUCUUCGAAUACGUCGACCCAGUUCAGUCGAAACUUCUGAAUUGGAGAUGGCAGUCUAGUUUAAUUAGGAAAACGAUAGCUUUCUCAAGUGAUUAUUAUUUAUUUGAUUUUCAACGGACCCGGGGGAAAAUGGGCUGAUGUUGUACUCCGGAGGCAGGAUUGUUCAUCAGCUGUGUCUGUAGACAGUAGCGGAGAGUUGACUGCUAUUUAUGACCGUGUCAUUCCCGAAGGAGGUCGAUGAGCUCCAUCGCCGCUUCCUCGGAUGGGUUUCUCUCACACGCUUACUCACUCUAUCUGUUUUAGGAGCUUCUUCAGUUGUGAAUGAUAUGAUCUUUACACAUAUACUGUGGCAGUGGUGUUCGGCUUCGCCCGCCACACUAUUUUCAUUACCCAUUGGAAAUCUGAUUGUUGGAAUAAUCUAAUACAGCCAGCAUUUUAUGAC